AUGGGGAUCGAAUACGAUACGGCGGAUAUCGUUAUCCUUACCGCGAUAUUCGCAGCUACCAUUGCCUACUUCACCAAAGGCACUCUUUGGGGAAAACCGAAGGACCUCUUCGCCGAUGUCGCACACACCAAUGGGUCCGCCAAGGCCGGGAAGACGAGAGACUUCGUCAAAAAGAUGGCUGAAUCAGAUCGAAAUGCCAUUUUCUUCUAUGGUUCGCAAACGGGUACUGCUGAGGAUUAUGCCUCUAGGUUAGCUAAGGAAGGUCACGCACGCUUCGGGUUAAGAACAAUCGUCGCAGAUAUCGAGGACUACGAUUUCGAGAACUUAGACACUUUCCCAUCAGACCAUCUUGCCUUCUUUUUGCUCGCCACUUAUGGUGAGGGUGAACCUACCGACAAUGCCGUUGAAUUCUAUGAGUUUUUAUCGGGUGACGAGCCACAGUUCUCCGAAGGUGCCUCGGCGGAAGAGAAGCCUUUGCAAAACCUGAAGUAUGUAACUUUUGGGCUCGGAAACAAUACCUAUGAGCAUUACAAUGCCAUGGUUCGCCGUAUAGAUGGAUACCUCACUAAGCUCGGUGCUACUCGUUACGGGUCAGCCGGAGAGGGUGAUGAUGGUGCUGGUACUAUGGAAGAGGAUUUCCUCGCUUGGAAAGAAGAAAUGUGGCAGGUCGUCUGCAAAGAAAUGGGCCUUGAGGAACGUGAAGCUGUCUACGAACCGGUCUUCAAGAUCACUGAAGAUGAAUCUCUCUCUCCAGAAUCCGACACUGUCUACCUCGGCGAACCCAACAAGAACCACCUCGAAGGCAAGGCUAAAGGACCUUAUAACUCGCACAAUCCCUUCAUUGCACCUAUCGCAAAGUCUAGCGAGCUUUUCUCUGUCAAAGAUCGAAACUGUCUUCACAUGGAAAUUGAUAUUUCGGGCUCGGGAUUAAGCUAUACUACCGGUGACCACAUCGCAAUCUGGCCUACAAACUCAGGAAAGGAAACUGAUAGAAUCCUAAAUGUCCUCGGCCUUGGUGAAAAGCGACACAAUGUUAUCCGUGUUGAAGCCCUUGAUUCUACUUCGAAGGUCCCAUUCCCAUCACCUACUACCUACGAUGCAGUUAUCAGAUACCACGUUGAAAUCAACGGCCUUGUCUCCCGUCAAUUCAUCGCUUCCCUUUCUCCAUUCGCCCCCUCAGAUAAGGCAAAGGCUGAGUUGGUCAGGCUAGGAGGUGACAAAGAUGCCUUCGCAGAGGAAAUCUCCAGCAGGUACUUGAAUAUCGCGCAGGUUCUCGAAAUGCUCGCCCCGGGACAAACUUGGUCCGCUAUUCCAUUCUCUUUGAUCAUCGAAGGCCUUACCCGUGUUCAACCCCGUUACUACUCUAUUUCUUCUUCAUCGUUUGUCCAAAAAGACCAUAUCGCGAUCACCGCUGUUGUUGAAAGCAUUCGGUUACCGGGAUCUAAGCACAUUCUGAAGGGUGUCACUACCAACUAUCUGUUAGCUCUGAAGCAAAAGCAGCACGGAGACCCGAACCCAGAUCCUCAUGGUUUGACUUACAAUAUUACCGGCCCAAGGAACAAGUAUGAUGGUAUCCACGUCCCUAUUCAUGUCCGUCACAGCAAUUUCAAGUUGCCAUCGAAUCCCGAAAAGCCAGUCAUUAUGAUCGGGCCGGGAACUGGUGUUGCCCCAUUCCGUGCAUUCGUACAAGAACGAGCCGCACUUGCAGCAAAAGGAGAAAAGGUUGGAAAGACGCUUUUAUUCUUCGGAUGUAGGAAUAGCAGUGAGGAUUUCCUAUACAAAGAUGAAUGGCCAGAAUACUCUGCGAAACUCGGCGACUCUUUCAAGCUAGUCACUGCAUUUUCCCGUGAAGGUCCCAAGAAAGUUUACGUCCAGCACCGCCUCCAAGAACACGCCGACGAGGUUGACGAACUCCUCAAAGCCGGUGCCUAUAUCUAUGUCUGUGGUGACGCUGCGCACAUGGCUAGAGACGUCAAUGCUACAUUUGGCAGGAUUAUCGCCGAGAAGCGGGGUCAAACCGAGGCCCAAGGCGAGGAGGUCGUGAAGAGGAUGAGGAGUUCUAAUCAAUACCAGGAAGAUGUCUGGUCUUAA